UUACCUAGGUAACCUGCAAGGACGGCUUCUGCACCCAAAAAGACACUCGUGUUGACCUCGAACGGCGUAUCUAGAUUGACGCCUUCUUACCACGAGAUAAUAUGGGGUCCAAAACACGCGGCGCGCCUUGCUUAGGCAGAGGCUUGCAUGAGUGAGUAGGCUAACAGUUCAGCUCAUCAGCCCUCAAGCCUAAUUACGCUGCGACUUGCACCAUCCCCAACCUCGACUUUGCAUGCAAUAGGACUCACCUCAAUCGGUAUUCGAUGAAUUGUACGCUGUAUCUCGUCGAAAAUACUGCGAUAUGGUCAACGAAACCGACGUGGCGACAGCCGCUAUGGCUAUAGCGAUCUCAGCCUUGGUAAUCGCAGCCGGUCAACUCAUCGCUCAGCUCUUUUCAACUGCGGAUGGGUACCGUAGAUGCCAAACUUCUGUCAUCGGAGAUUGGUACAAGUUGGUGGAGCUAAAAUUCAGAUGGAGCUCGUUCCGAUACGAAGUCAAAGUGACAACCCCUCACUUCGAAAUGGCGACAAUGUCGCAUUGCGGACAUCGCGAGUCCUUCCUUCUCGAUCAGAACAGGCCCAUACCGAGUUUCCCGGACCCUAAGUCAAUAUAUUGGCAGAAGGCACGCUACUUGUGCUCUCCUUGGCAGCCAGCACCACUUCUAGGGACUGAAGGCUCGCGUCUUGGCACUUUCUGUAGAAGUCAUUAUUUAUCAAAGUUCCACGCCGAUGACGUGCCCACUUGGAUAAGUCUACUGGAAGAUGCUCACGUCCAGCAGAGAGAAACCGUCAUGAACCGCUAUCAACAUCAGCCUCACGAUAUACUGCCAAACAACUUGAACCUGAUCUGUAUCUCAAGAAAGAUACGUUCCUGGGACUUUAUGCCACCAGAUAUCGUGCGCCCAGUUGCGAGUACCACAGUGGGAUGUUUGAUUACUAUGGCACAUCGGCUAGGUAUGGCAUGGUCGGACUUCCGGAUCGACGAAGGCAAAAUGCGUGCAGCUGGUAGUGGACGGAGCUUCUCCACUUCUAUCGUACGCGGCAUGGGGCUUGUCGUAGAAUAUAGCACGACCGGGCCUCACCCCUCUCCAGACCAUGAAUGGCGUAUCAAUAGUAUGUCUGCAGAUCAGAUGGCGUGUGGAAUACUCCCUAUCAUCGCCAGCAACAAGGGCCUGCUACUCAGGAAUAAACAAGCACCUGAAGUACCGGAUCUCAGACACUCAUUAGACAUACUCGGAAUACAUGGUGAUGUCAGACUAGCUUUAGAGGCAAGCAUAUCGUGUCAAGAUCCCGCUCAUAGACUUCCUGGUUUCACGGAUAUUAUCGGCCUGUUCUGCAAAUGGCCACUCAUAGACAACAUUGCGUUGAAUGCCAUCGACAACCCGUUUCCUUUUCCGCUGACCACAAUGGGCGAGAGACCAGAGUCACGCAAUGUCUGGAGGCUUCUACUCAAAAGGCAAGAGGCACAAUUAUCAAAUCGCAAAAAACAUGUACUUCAAUUCUACGAAAGCUGGGAAGGCUUGGCUCCUUGGAAAUUCGAGGGGGAACACCGAGUUGAAAGAACAGACACUCGAGAACUGGAUUUCUUCAAGAAAGCAUUCGACGACACGACCGCGUAUCUUGAACAUACUCUAGGCGGGCUUUAUGUCCCUCUCUAUAGUCAGGCAGUGCGCUGCCACAUCUCCAUCAACGUACAUAGCUACGAACAAGCCUUGCACUACACCGGCACACCGCCCAUAAAAAAGAGAGACGGCCAGCUUCCCAACAGUCUGGAUCCCAUCUUUAUUGAGCGCGCUUACAUUUACGCCGAGAAUGUACCGAAGUUCGUUGAAGAAAUGGAGAAGAGCCACCAUCACAAUGGGAACAAGAACAUCUCGUACGAAGACGUUUGGUGGACGAUGAUGAUGCGGCUUCACGCAUGGACUAUGAGUGUCAGAUGGAUAGAUCGUGAGGGGGUUAAGAUUCCGAGUGAAUACUACGAUAACCCGAUUCGUGUGUAUAUCUUGUAAAGAUCGGGUGGUUUUCGCGUGUUUGCGUCAGAGCGUGGCAUGAAAACUGCAGUGGGUGAUCAACCUUGAGGAUAUGACUUUCCAGAGAGUUGCGGAGCUGCCGUUCGACUAGUCAAACCGGUCUUCAGUCCAAUAGAAUGGCGACGGUCACGCCUAGCUCACACGAUGAGUCCAUAGCCGCAACAAGACACAUAUCACACAGAGGAAAAGAUCACGGAAUCUGGAAGAGAAGAAUCAUUGUGUGGUUGAGCGCAAUGCUCGAAACUUGCAUUGCAGUAAUGCUAAGAGUAUCCAAGAAGAGAAUCAUAAAAAGUCGUGGCAUCAUCAUCCUGAUCGGAAGACUCAGUUCCCCAAAAAAUGAUGACCAAGAAGAAGAAAAAGCCCAGUCCCGGUCCGUGAAAGCCUAAACCCCAAC